GAAGAUUUUAAGCUAAUGGCAACUGGAACUAGAUCUAGGAAAAGAAAAAGGAUGCAAUCCCCUGAUGACGAUUUAACGAUGUACAAAUGUCCAAUUUGUCUUGAAAUGUUUGCUGAUCCUGUCCAAAUAUCCUGUGGAAAUAACCACACAUAUUGUUUACAGUGUGUACAGUCUUAUCAAGAAAUACCAACUCCUCAGUGUCCUCAAUGUCGACAGAACUUUAAUCCAUAUCAAAUCCAGUUAGACAGAAACAUGAUUGAUUCCAUGCAGAAAAUAGCUCCAUGUAAAUGGUGCCACAAACAGAUGCCAAUAAUACAACAUAAAGCACAUAUAUCGGUUUGUGAUAUGGUGGAUACAUCUUUACCUAAAUUCAGACCAGUGCGGGAAACAUCCCAGCCUAUUCCCAAGGAUCUACCCAACAGAUCAACAUUUUCUUGUCCUUUUUGUGGAGAAGCAAACUUGGAUACUAAUGGAAUGGUCAAACAUUGUAAUGAAAAACAUACGAAUGAAUCCUCGGAUGUGGUGUGCCCUAUAUGUUCAUCAAUGCCCUGGGGUGAUACCAGUCAAAGAAGUGUAGAUUUUAUGCAACAUUUGAAUCUAAGGCAUAAAUUUAGUUAUGACACCUAUGCAGAUUUUUCAUUGGAUGAUGAUCAGAUGUUAGAGAGAGCACUGCAAGCAUCAUUACAGGAUGUGUGAUAAAGGAAUAUUGAAUUAAUAUAUAUUGUGUUAUACUGGAAUGAUAAAUCCAGCCGAUAGAUAUUCUCAGAACGCCAAGUCCAAAAGUCUUAUGUCAGUAAUGUCCAUAAAUGUAUGUCUAGUGUCCAUCUUUACCUUCCAUUUAUAUGAUACUGCAACUAAUGUGUCAAUUUUUUAAAGCAUAAACUUUUCACAUUCUCACCAAUCUAUAUAUAGCUAUAUACAGAUUGUCAUUUCUCUUCAGAUUAUUUUUGAAUUAUGUUCUCACUGAGAGAUUUCAUGUAGCUGUGAUAGCUUUCAAUGGUACUUCAGUGGAUUUUGUGUAUUUUGUGUGAGCUAUAAAGUGCUAAAGUGGAAGAAUAUUGAACUUUUACAUGUCACAUAUACAGUCUGCACCAAAAUCUUUUCCAACUACAAGUCUGGAGACCAAUAUUCCAAUAUUUUUCCCAUGUGUCUAAAUAAUGUUUUGCAAAUACUUACUAGUCAACAAUUGUUAAGUUUUCUGCUUAAGUUUGUUUGAUAGGAACUACUUGUGGUAGAUCAUUGAUACUUAAUAUGAAGUUGCAUUACUAUCAGCACAUAUCAGUUUGACGACUAUUUUGAGGCCCUGCUCCCUAGGUCAUGGUCCAGUUACUUUGAAUUUUAAUUAGCAAUUUUCAAUGUUAAGUUUUCUGCUUAAGAUAGUUUGAUAGGAUCUACUUGUGAAAGAUCAAUGAUAUUUUGUAUGAAGUUGCAUUACUAUCAGUUCAUAUCAGUUUGACAACUUUUUGGAGGCCUUGCCCACUAGGUCAUGGUCCAGCCACUUUCAAUUAGUAAGCAAUUUUUGAUGUUAAGUGUUCUGCUUAAAUCAGUUUGAUAGGAUCUACUUGUGAUAAAUCAAUGAUUUUUUGUAUAAAAUUGCAUUACUAUCAUUACAUAUCAGUGUGGCGACUUUUUUGAGGCCCUGCCCCCCCUCCCCCCCCCCCCCCCUUUGGACGUGGUCCAUUGACUUUCAAUUAAUUAGCAAUUUUCAAUGUUAAGUUUUCUGCUUUACUUAAAUUGAUAGGAACUACUUACAAUAGACACAACGAUAUUUUCUAUAAAGUUACAUUACUGUCUGUACAUCUCAAUUUGUCUACCAUUAUCAGGCCCUGCCCACUAGAUCAUGGUCCAGCAAUUGAAUUAAUAAGCAAUGUUGGUGUGCAUCAGAUUGUCUUAUUUUGAAUUUUAUGCCCAUUGGCGAGACAUAUCUCUGUGUCAACAGUUUAUUUAAUAUCAUAUUAGGUUGGGUAUUUUCCCCUUGAGAGCUGUCAAUAGUAAACAACAAAUUGUCUAUAAAUGAUAUGGUUUCAGGGCUAUAAUAGGUCAGCAGUUAUGUUCAGUAAUGUACUGUAGCCUACUCUUGCAUGUGAUGUACAUUUGUUCAAUUUAUGAUGUUGAUUUGCUGUGUUUUUUUUCAUGCUGCACCUGGCAUAGCUUUUAAUUUCAAUAUUGAUUUUUUUGUGCCUGUCAACUUUUUUGCUGUUUAUUUAAAAAUUAGAUGCUUCUCUUUUUAAAGGGUUGGAAAAAGCCUUGAUGAAAUGCAUGUGCACAAAACACUUAUGUUUCUCAGUAUGAAGCAUGCAGCAAUAUAAGAUGUACUUCCUUCCACACUUUCAUAUCCCCAAAAAACUACACCCAAAGAACAGUAAAUUCUAAUAUUUCCCCCUUUACAUUUAAAUGCCAAAACAAUUAAAAUUGUUGAACUUUGAAACAAGCUUUUUGUUUGUUUUAUUUUUAUGAAUUCAUAUGCAUUGUAAAUUGUAACAUUUUCACUUAGAACAUCAUACACCAUGUGAUCUUUGUCUCCAAUCAAGGCAAAGGAAUCCUUAUAAAACAUCCAUGUUAUAUAAUUUUGUUUCUUCCUUUUAUAAGGAAUUGUUUAUAUUCUUUCCAUUGUAUCUUGUUAAUCCUUUAGAAAUUUAUAUGCUGUGUAAUAUCAGACAUGUAAACAAAACCUGUUAAUUGAGGUACUUCAGCGAUUUAAAAGAUCCUUUGGAGCACUUGAGUUCACCCCUGGUUUUUAGUGGGCUUAGUUUUGCUUAGUCUUUAGUUUUCUGUGUAGUGUUUUGUGGACUUGUCUGUCUUUUUGUUUGUUUUUUUACCCUGGCGUUGUCAAAUUUUCCUUGACUUUUGAGUUUUUAAUGUCCCCUCGGUAUACUUCACCUAUUUUUAUUUAAGCAUCAAACUAGAUGUGAGUCUGUAAUAUUUGUGAAUAGAUAGGUAAUUCUUUACUAGUUUUAUUAAUUUCAGCAAUUCUCAUUUAUACAUUAAAUUAAAAUCUUUUUGAAUUAAUAACAACAGAUAAAAUAUUUAAUUCUUCAAAGCUCAAAAGAAGAGGUUUUGGAUUCAUGUAAGCUCAGACAGUGGAUUUUUUCAUAUCUCAACCAUAGCUGCGUAUUUUUCUUCUGAACAAUAUGAGGGAAAGCAAUAAACUUUGAUUUAUUUUUGAACCGAUUUCUUUAUAAUUUCUUCCGACCAUUUUUACAGAAAUGGAUUAUGUCAACAUGGUCAAUGGUUUUCAGACUCUGCUUGAUGAAGUUUUGUAGAAUUAUUUUUACUUUGCUUUGAAAAUAUUUUUUAAUGUGUAUUGAAUCUAAGUAAAAAUAGAUGUUGAGUAUUUCAAAAACAUAAUAAAACCAAUAAGACAUUUAGAGAGUAGAAUGUAUGUUUAUUAGAAAAGGAAGAACAUUUUUAUUUUUAGUCAUUCAUGUCAUUUAUUUUUCAAGUAUGUUUUGAUAUUAAAUUAGGUAGUUUUUCUAUUCAUUAAUGUAAGAAAAGGGUUUUGUUCAUUUAGAAUAUUUUUAAGGAAAAUCUUCCACAUCUUUUGGGUUGUAAUUUGGAUUUUGUUGAAUCAGUUGGUAUAUUUGCAUGAAGUUUGAAUCAAAAGUAGUUCUAAAAUUUAAAUUCAUGAAUCAUUCUCGAUAUCUCCUAAGAUAUAACUUGCUACAGUACUUAAGUAGUAAAUACAAUAUUUUAAAAUAAAAAAAAAAAAGUACUGUUAUUUCAGGAAACAACAUUAUUUCCUUGAUAAUAUCGUAUACCGGUAAUCAGCUGUGGAAGAAUAUGAUACAAUAAGUAUAGUGAACAAAAUAUGUAUAUGGUAUCAUAUUCUUUCACAGCUGGUUAUCAAGGUAAAAAAUUGUUUCUUGAAAUUAUUGUAGUAUUGUUUUUUACAAUCUAUUGGAUCCUGGAUAAAAGUAUGAUAAAAUUAAAAACAUUUUCAAACAAAAUAGACAAAUUGUACAGUAUAUUGUAACAAUUUUAAAUUAGUAUUUGACAAGGGUAAAUUAUUUUUCAUGUUUUUUCUCGUGUUCUAGCCUUCACAAAAGGUUUUACCUAGCAUUGUUAAACCUUGUUUUAUCUUUGACAAGCAAUUUUACUGUAUGAUUUAUCACCCAUUGCUAUUUUUGUUAAAUUUAUGUUUAACCAAACUUAAGAAUAACUAGAUAUGUUCCUUAUGUCGUAACUACAAUACCCUUCCCUUUUCACGAUUGUGACUUACUGAAUUAGACUAUUUACCAGAUUUGUAAUAACAUAAGCAACACGACGGGUGCCACAUGUGGAGCAGGAUCUGCUUACCCUUCCGGAGCACCUGAGAUCACCCCCAGUUUUUGGUGGGGUUCGUGUUGCUUAGUCUUUAGUUUUCUAUGUUGUGUCAUCUGUACUAUUAUUUGUCUGUUUGUCUUUUUAUUUUUGGCCAUGACGUUGUCAGUUUGUUUUCGAUCUAUGAGUUUGACUGUCCCUCUGGUAUCUUUCGUCCCUCUUUUUAGAUGUGUGCUAAUAUUGAUAAGAAUUGUCGACAGACUGUGAUUUUGUUUUGUUUUUAUUUGUACAUAUUGUUUUGAUUUGUUAUUUAUUAUGGACAUUCACAAGGUAGUUCAGGCCAUUCAAACAUAGUUUUUGAAUUUCUUAAGCCUGGUACAUCUUUAUUCGAAACAACAUUUUCAUAAAUAAAUCAUCUAUAAAUGAACAGAAUCCCAUCUUUGAAUCACAUUGUGUAAACUAUAGAUUAUAUGCAAGAAUAGUUAUACAUAUCAAAAAGUGAAAAAUGUUAAAAAAAAAAAAUGUAUAACUUUGCAUUACAGGUCAACAGUGUUUGAUUUAUGUUAGUAUUUGUGAGUCUACAUGUUCAUCUAACACAUGUCAUAUGGCCUUUUUAUUUAAAGAUUAAUACUAUGUAUUAUUUAAGAACCAUGCAUUAAUAAAAAAAAUGGAAAAUACA